GUCAUCCGGCCUCGCGUCCCUUUGCAGCCACCUCCGCUUCCAUCGCCUGCCUUAGCGCCUACAGGGUUCCCGGCGCCGUCAUGUUGUCCCUCGACUUUCUGGACGAUGUGCGGCGCAUGAACAAGCGGCAGCUCUAUUACCAAGUCCUAAAUUUUGGAAUGAUCGUCUCCUCAGCACUGAUGAUCUGGAAGGGGCUAAUGGUGAUAACCGGAAGCGAAAGUCCCAUUGUGGUAGUGCUCAGUGGCAGCAUGGAACCUGCCUUCCAUAGAGGAGACCUUCUUUUCCUGACGAAUCGAGUCGAAGAUCCCAUCCGUGUGGGAGAAAUUGUUGUUUUUAGGAUAGAAGGAAGAGAGAUCCCUAUAGUGCACCGAGUAUUGAAGAUCCAUGAAAAGCAAAAUGGACAUAUCAAGUUUUUGACCAAAGGAGAUAACAAUGCAGUUGAUGACCGAGGCCUCUAUAAGCAAGGACAGCAUUGGCUAGAGAAGAAGGAUGUUGUUGGGCGAGCCAGGGGAUUUGUUCCUUAUAUUGGAAUUGUGACUAUCCUCAUGAAUGACUAUCCGAAAUUUAAGUACGCUGUGCUCUUCCUGCUGGGCUUAUUUGUGCUGGUGCACCGUGAGUAAGGAGCUGCCUCCGAUCCGGAAGACGCUGUUCUUUUGUUCCGGAAUGGUUGGAGUAGUUACUGGUCUGUGACUGGCGGGAUGAAGAUCACGUGUUGGCGCCCCUCUGCCACGCUGGCUCGCGUUAGUUUAUGUUUCCACACCAAGAAGCGUGUGGGCAAGUGUCUGCGCCCCCGCGUGUGCUCCAGGGGACUUUAGAUCACCAGGUUUCAUAUGUUGUCAUUGUCACACUUUCACAUUUUUGUACAUCAAUGGAUUUUUUAUAUUAAAAGGUUGAGCCAAAGCCCCCAGUGUUUGUAUUUUGAAGCCAGGCUUCAUCUCUAAAGUGCCUACGGAGCCCGUCGAUGCGAACGCAGGUCUGCGUGCUGCGGUGGGAGCCGCCGUCCUCUUCUCAUGGCAACGGCCUGUACUGAGGUGGUCUGAGUCUUAACUUUUCGUGAUUUCAAAUAAAAGACUUUGCAUAUCGAA